UUUUAAAAUUUCAUUGCAUUUCAACCAGUAACAAUCGAUUUUGGAGUGUACUAGAAAUGGCAACUAUAAAAAUCUUUCCUUUAUUGAUUUUAAUAUUUUUUAUUUUUAAUAUAUUUACAAUUGUAUCCGGUCAAACUGAAGCUGAAACUAUGAUGCAAGAAUGUAACGAGGAAUACCCAUUAUCAGAAGAUGAAGAAGCCAGCUUAAGAAAUAUGGAUGAUUCAGCAACUACAAAUUCUAAAUGUUUUCUAGCCUGCUUCCUCAAGAAGGGUGGAUUGAUGAAUGAAGAUGGAGGAAUCAAUAUCGAACGUGGCCAUGAAAUGAUUAACGAAAAACUGCAAAACGAUGAAGAAACAUUAAAAAUGGUAAUGGAGAUAUAUGAAGAUUGUGCUGCACAACAAACUAAUGAUGACCAUUGCGAAAUUGCUGCAGAGUUUCUAAUAUGCUGUGGCGCAAAGGUUAAAGAAGGAAAUAUAGAUAUAAGCGUAACGUAAAUCUGUUCGAUAUAUUCAUUAUAAGUUUCUUAUAAACUACACUACAAUGUAGAAAGUAUUAAGAUCUACGAUGCAAUAGAGAAAUAAAGGUGGUUUAAUAUAUGAUACAGAAA